AUGGCAACCCCUCGACUGCCAUUCCUCUACCCCCAGCUGUUCCGCUCGGUCAGGGCAUACGAGAACAGCGCUCGUUCGUUUCGUCCUUCCUCGUCCGCGUUCAAUGCGACCCGUCAUCGCAAUCAAUCCACCGUUUCCCGCCGGCAAGCACAGUCGAUAGAGUCCAAGCUACCUCCGCCGACGCAACCAAAAAAGAGAUCCGCUAGACAAGCGAGUAGUUCAUCGGCCAAUCGCAAUGCACCUACAAAGGGUCAGAAAGAUGUCUCAAAAGAGAACUCGGCUCAGCGGGUAGAUGCCAAAGAUGGAAACAAGGACACUACCAAACCAGCAGAAGCAUCCGCAGAAUCGCAAUCACCUGCGAAAGAUGAAGCAAAACCUGAUGCUUCAAAGGCUGCAGAUUCCAUGCCUAAAGAAGUGCCGCCGCCCAAAAACCCAAUGGACGCUGUGCUCCAAAUGCCACACCCGUCCGACAUGGGUCUCGCGAGGUUACCGUCCAACGGGCAGGAAGUUCCGCAUCUUGAACCCGCGCCGUACAUCCAUCAUUUCGAUACAUAUACACUCGUCAAGAAUUUAGAAGAAGGCGGAUUCAGUGAGAAACAAGCCAUUACCGUAAUGAAAGGGAUUCGCGGCAUUCUGCAGGAAAAGCUGGACUUGGCCGAAGCGACUCUGACGUCAAAGUCAGAUAGUGAAAACGAAGAGUAUCUCUUCAAAGCGGCAUGUUCGGAGUUGCGGUCGUCGCUAGAGGCAUCUCGGCAUUUGGAGGUUGAACGACAACGAAGCUCGCGAACACAAUUACAGCAUGAAGUGGAUAUUCUGAAUAUGCGAAUUACUCAAGAACUGGCGAAAAUGAAUGAUGAUCUGAAAGGAAUGUGGAAUGAUCAUAAGAUGACAACUCGAGAACAACAACAGGGCCAGGACACGGGUAUCCAGGAACUCAACUACAAAAUAGCCGUGUCGCUAGCCAGUGAUGGGAAGAGCGAGGCGGAAGGGUUAAGAUGGGUAUUGACACGGCGUGCAGCGUUUGCCAUUGUCUUCAGUGCCAUGAUGGCUCUUACCUUUCUCAAAUUCUGGUCUGCUCGAGCGCACGAGUUGGAGAGAAAACAAGCUCUUGCGAAAGAAGUCGCUAAGGUUGAGCCUGUCAAAGAUGCUGCUGUACAAACUGAGCCCUCGCUGUCUGACUCUCUUGCCAGUGAGACAUUGGGAUGA